AUGACCACACCACCCCGACGAUCACACCACCCCAACGACCACACCACCCGACGACCACACCACCCGCAUGACCACACCACCCCGACGACCACACCACCCCGACAACCACAUCACCCCGACGACCACACCACCCCGACGACCACACCACCCCGACGACCACACCACCCCGACGACCACACCACCCCGACGACCACACCACCCCAACGACCACACCACCCCGACGACCACACCACCCCGACGACCACACCACCCCAACGACCACACCACCCGGACGACCACACCACCCGCACGACCACACCACCCGGACGACCACACCACCCCGACGACCACACCACCCGGACGACCACACCACCCCGACGACCACACCACCCGGACGACCACACCACCCGCACGACCACACCACCCGCACGACCACACCACCCCGACGACCACACCACCCCGACGACCACACCACCCCGACGACCACACCACCCCGACGACCACAUCACCCCGAUGACCACAUCACCCCGACGACCACACCACCCCGACGACCACACCACCCCGACGACCACACCACCCCGACGACCACAUCACCCCGACGACCACACCACCCCGACGACCACACCACCCCGACGACCACACCACCCCGACGACCACACCACCCCGACGACCACAUCACCCCGACGACCACACCACCCCGACGACCACACCACCCCGACGACCACACCACCCGGACGACCACACCACCCGAACGACCACACCACCCGGACGACCACACCACCCCGACGACCACACCACCGGACGACCACACCACCGGACGACCACACAGCUUCUCAGUGCUUGACAAAAUCUGACAGCUCCUCAACCCUUAUUUUGUUUUUCUUAAAUUGUGUUUGCCUUCUUGCAGGCGGUCACAGACGUAUAGUGGACGUAUACUGGACGUAUUUAGGCGUAUUUGGACGUAUUUGGACGUAUUGA